GCCCUGUAGGAAAUAUCGGGGUAGACCGAGUAAAUUUGCGCCAUAUCUGUACGUAGCAUUCUAAGGACACCAUAAGUCCUAGCCUGCACAGCUUGUCAGCGGGGUGAAUUCCUUAACCAGCAUAUAUUCUCCGACCAGAUCUGAUAUCUUUGUCGCAAACUUCCCACUUCGAGUAUCAGCAAAAGGGGCAUAUCUAUUUCAAUACCGCAAUCAUAGACGUUAUGGCCGACUUGCAAGGACGUAAGGUAUUCAAGGUCUUCAACCAGGACUUCGUUGUAGACGAUCGGUAUACAGUUACCAAGGAACUAGGCCAAGGAGCUUAUGGUAUCGUUUGGUACGUGCGCUGUGCUGCUAAAGGCGGCCGGCUUAUCGAGCGACUUACCCCUCCAUACCAUUGAUGAGAGAGUCAUCACAACGGUUGCUAACCAUGAGAUUCUUCCCUACAGUGCGGCUGUUAACAAUCAGUCGAACGAAGGAGUCGCUAUCAAAAAAGUCACCAAUGUCUUCAGCAAGAAGAUCCUCGCCAAACGCGCCCUGCGCGAAAUAAAAUUGCUUCAACAUUUCCGAGGCCAUCGCAACAUAACAUGUCUAUACGACAUGGACAUCCCACGACCUGACAACUUCAAUGAAACAUACCUGUAUGAAGAGCUCAUGGAAAGCGAUCUUGCCGCCAUCAUCCGUUCUGGCCAACCACUCACCGACGCUCACUUCCAAUCAUUCAUUUACCAGAUCCUCUGCGGCCUCAAGUACAUCCAUUCGGCGAAUGUGCUACAUCGUGAUCUGAAGCCUGCUAACCUGCUUGUUAAUGCUGACUGCGAGUUAAAGAUUUGCGAUUUCGGUCUUGCGAGAGGUUUCUCCGUUGAUCCAGAGGAGAAUGCUGGAUACAUGACCGAGUAUGUAGCCACAAGAUGGUACAGAGCACCGGAAAUCAUGUUGAGCUUCCAGAGUUACACAAAAGCGAUUGAUGUGUGGUCUGUCGGUUGUAUCCUCGCCGAGCUGCUUGAUGGUCGUCCCUUCUUCAAGGGCAGGGACUACGUCGAUCAGUUGAACCAAAUUUUGCACAUCCUCGGCACGCCCGACGAGGAGACGUUAUCCCGAAUCGGUUCUUCGCGUGCCCAAGAGUAUGUGCGCAACUUGCCAUUCAUGGCCAAGAAGCACUUCCAAACCCUUUUCCCGAAUGCGAACCUCGACGCUCUCGACCUCCUCGACCGCAUGCUCGCUUUCGAUCCUUCUUCCCGUAUCUCUGUGGAGGAGGCUCUUCAACACCCUUACCUCAAGAUCUGGCACGACGAGACAGACGAGCCUGAUUGUCCGACGACAUUCAACUUUGAUUUCGAAAUUGUCGAUGAAGUAGGUGAUAUGCGCAAUUUGAUCUUGGACGAAGUCUACCGCUUCCGACAGCAAGUCAGGACUGCUCCUUCAGGAGCUAGUGGACAAGGCGCUAGACUACCGGCACAGCCAGGCCAAGUCCCGCUACCAAGUGGCCAACAGCAGUGGACGAGCGACGAUCCUAGGCCACAGGACCAUACGCCUUAUUCUGGCAAUGCCAGGACGAGGGACACCCCAAUCAACAACGGCGCUUUAAUGCAGGUCCAUUCCUGACCCAGCGAUGUUCAAACCCACUUUAGCGGCUAGCUAGGCGUUUUCUUUUCCGAUCGUCGCUAAUGGUAGGCGCCAAUAAGUCGGUAAACCUGAUUAAUUGCAAAC